AUGCCAAACAUUAUGCAUCAAUUUGUACCAUUUCUACUCUUAAUACUACUAACUAUCGGUGCAUCAUGUUCUAUUCAAUUAUAUGUCCUCCCAUUUCCAACACUUUUCAAUAAUAAUGCUGAUGGUUCACGUACAUAUCCAUACUCAUCGAUUCAACAAGCACUUGAUCAUAUCAAACGUAACUAUUACCAUGACGACAGUACUACGAUGCGUUACACAACAAUCAAUUUAUAUCCAACUUAUCAUUUCGUCGAUAGUACUAUUAAAUUUGAUCGAGUACAUAGUCAUACACGAUUAACAACAAUGAAUGCUGAAGAUACUGCUUUUUAUGAAGAAUUGAUUGCCAAUAAAAACUCAUAUCCACGAUUACCAAGGGCGAGUAUAAGUGGUGGAAUACCGAUAACUGGUUGGACAUCCGUAGGUAAUAAUACAUAUAAAGCUAUCGUAACACAACCAAUAUUUGUCAAUCAGUUAUUUGUCAACAAUCAACGUAUUGCUCGUACACGUAUUCCGAUGAAUCCAUCCGAAUAUCUUCAAUAUACCGCACCAUUACAAGAUCCAAAUCAGGCAAGAUAUGGUUUUCAAUAUGCUGAAGGACAAUUCGAAUCUUGGCCAUUGGAUGAUGCCAUGGUAGUUGUCUAUCAUAGUUGGACUACAUCUCAUCAUUAUAUUAAUCAAAUUAUUAAGUCAAAUAAAACUGUACUAUUCACCAAUCCAUCUAAUAGUCCUAUUGGAAUAUAUCCUAUUCAAGCACAACGACGAUUUCAUGUUGAAAAUCUUUGUAUAUCAUUUGUAUCAAAUUCAUUUUGUUUUGUAAAUGCAACAAAAACUAUUUAUCUGAUGACUGAUGGAUCAUAUGAUCCAACAAAAGUACAAAUUAUUACACCAAUAAAUGAAUUUGUUGUAAUACUUGCUGGUAGUGAUGUUACUAAUCCAGUUGAAGAUAUUACUAUUGAUAAUGUUGCAAUACAACAUAGUGCAUGGAAUAUUGAUCGAACUCAACAAGCUGACUAUCAAGCAGCCUCAUUUCUUACUUCUGCACCACUUUAUAUCGCCAAUGCAACCUCUGUUAUCAUUUCAGAUGUUGAAAUUAGUCAUACUGGAUCAUACGGAGUUUGGAUUAGAGAAGGAACAACCAGUAUUAAUAUUAUUAACUCACUGAUUACUGAUACUGGCGCUGGUGGUAUUCGCAUUGGUCAAAUGGCAGCACCAGUACCUACACCAACUAGUUCAAUACAUAUAAUAUCAAAUGAAGUUAGUUAUGGUGGAAAUGUUUUUCCAAGCGGUGUAGGAGUAAUUGUUCAUCGUGCGGUUGAUGUUGAUAUUGUUGAUAAUAGUAUUCAUCAUCAUCGAUAUACUGGAGUUUCAAUAGGAUGGGAAUGGGGUUAUGCUCCAUCAUACACAAGUAAUAUAUUAGUUCAUAGCAAUUAUAUUUAUAAUACUGGACAACAUAUUCUUUGUGAUCAAGGUGGUAUUUAUACAUUAGGUAUUCAACCUGGAACGAUUAUUACUAAUAAUGUAAUUAAAAAUGUUUUUAGUUAUGCUGCUUAUAUGUGGGGUAUUUAUCUAGAUGAAGGUUCAUCUCAUAUUAUAGCCUCAAAUAAUGUUGUGUAUAAUAUUGGAUGGGGUGGUUUGUUUCAACAUUAUGGUGCUAAUAAUACCAUUAUUAAUAAUGUAUUUGCACGUAAUUCUGAGAUUCAACCACCACAUCCUGAUGAUCCCAUUCCCGAUGGGGAUCUUCGUAUUAUGAAUACUGAAGAUCAUCUUUCGUGGACAUUUGAAAAUAAUAUUGUCUAUGAUACAUUUCAAGGAAGCAAUCAUUCUGCAUUUAAAUCUGAUGCACCAGAUGUUCGUGUAUCCUUUAAUAAUAAUGUUUAUUAUAAUCCCUAUAACACUCAAUUAUUAUUCGGUAUACAACAAACAUCAUUUAUAGAAUGGCAAAAAACUGGACAAGACAAUAGUAGUAUAAUAGCAGAUCCAUUAUUUACAGGCGAUGUUAAUCAAUGUGAUUUUUUUACUGUUCAAUCUAAUAGUCCUGCAGUAAAACUUGGAUUUGCAAAUAUAACUAAACUUACGAAAUGGACUCCUGGAUGUGGUACAGAUAAUGUAGUUAACGAUAAUCAAUAUUAUCGUUGGUAA